GGAGGCUGGCGGCCGGGCUCAGCCAGCUUCUGUCGCCGCACCGGCAGCUGCGGCUCGGGGACCGACUGACAGAGCCAGGGCCGGAGCCGCUCGGGGCCGGGCUAGGGAGAGCGGGCCCCACCAUGAGGCCCCAGUCCCGCAGGAGCCCCAGCGCUCCGCUGGCACCCGGCGCACCGCGCUAGCGCCCCGCCGGGGAGUGGGGAGGCGCCAAGGCCAUGGCCAGCCACGUGGACCUGUUGACGGAGCUGCAGCUGUUGGAGAAGGUGCCCACGCUGGAGCGGCUGCGCGCCGCCCAGAAGCGCCGGGCCCAGCAGCUGAAGAAGUGGGCGCAGUACGAGCAGGACUUGCAGCACCGCAAGCGCAAGCACGAGCGGAAGCGCAGCACGGGCGGCCGGCGGAAGAAGGUGUCCUUCGAGGCCAGCGUGGCCCUGCUGGAGGCCUCCCUGAGGAACGACGCCGAGGAAGUGCGCUACUUCCUGAAGAACAAGGUCAGCCCUGAUCUGUGCAAUGAGGACGGACUCACAGCCCUGCACCAGUGCUGCAUCGACAACUUUGAGGAAAUCGUCAAGCUGCUCCUUUCCCAUGGUGCCAACGUGAAUGCCAAGGACAACGAGCUGUGGACGCCCCUGCAUGCCGCGGCCACCUGCGGUCACAUCAACCUGGUGAAAAUCCUCGUUCAGUAUGGGGCCGACUUGCUCGCCGUCAACUCGGAUGGAAACAUGCCCUACGACCUCUGUGAGGAUGAGCCCACCCUGGAUGUCAUCGAGACGUGCAUGGCGUACCAGGGCAUCACCCAAGAGAAAAUCAACGAGAUGCGGGCAGCCCCUGAGCAGCAGAUGAUUGCGGACAUCCACUGUAUGAUCGCAGCGGGCCAGGAUCUUGACUGGAUAGAUGCCCAGGGUGCCACACUGCUGCACAUAGCUGGAGCCAACGGGUACCUGCGGGCAGCCGAGCUCCUCCUGGACCAUGGAGUGCGUGUGGACGUGAAGGACUGGGACGGCUGGGAGCCCCUGCACGCGGCCGCCUUCUGGGGACAGAUGCAGAUGGCAGAGCUAUUGGUGUCCCAUGGGGCCAGUCUCAGUGCUAGGACAUCCAUGGAUGAGAUGCCAAUAGACCUGUGUGAGGAGGAGGAGUUCAAAGUCCUGCUGCUGGAGCUAAAACACAAGCAUGACGUGAUCAUGAAGUCACAGCUGAGACACAAAUCGUCCUUGAGCCGGAGGACCUCCAGCGCCGGGAGCCGUGGGAAGGUGGUGCGGCGAGCCAGCCUGUCGGACAGGACCAACCUGUACCGGAAGGAGUAUGAGGGAGAGGCUAUACUGUGGCAGCAGCGGAGUGCGGCCGAGGAUCAGCGGACCUCCGCCUACAACGGGGACAUCAGGGAGACCAGGACAGACCAAGAGAAUAAGGACCCAAACCCCCGGCUGGAGAAGCCCGUGCUGCUCUCCGAGUUUUCUACCAAGAUCCCACGAAGUGAAAUGGACGGGCCUGUUGAGAAUGGCCUCCGGGCUCCAGUCAGCACCUACCAGUAUGCACUGUCCAACGGGGAUGUCUGGAAAGUGCACGAGGUGCCUGACUACAACAUGGCCUAUGGCAGCCCCGGCGUGGCCGAUGCCACCUCGCCCUGGAGUGGCUACAAGGAACAGAGUCCCCAGACGCUUCUGGAGCUGAAGCGGCAGCGGGCUGCGGCCAAGCUGCUCAGCCACCCCUUCCUGAGCACUCACCUGGGCAGCAGCAUGGGCAGGACGGGCGAGAGCAGCAGCGAAGGCAAGGCCCCCUUGAUCGGAGGCAGAACUUCACCCUACAGCAGCAAUGGAACCUCGGUAUAUUACACGGUCACCAGCGGAGAUCCCCCGCUCUUGAAGUUCAAGGCCCCCAUGGAGGAGAUGGAGGAGAAGGUCCAUGGCUGCUGCCGCAUCUCCUAGUCUCUGUGUGACGGAGGAGAGAGAUGCUUCGGGGAGGGGUCUCUGGAAUCCACCCACCCGGCAGCCCUGGCUGGGGAGACAUCAGAGGGCAGCUUGCGGGGAGGUGGGCUUUGCUUUCCAGAGCUGAGCCCACCUCUCACCCAGCGGCCCAUAGCAUCACCACUUCCCACGGCUCUGCUUCCUGCUGCAUUGUCUGCCGUCAGAAACAAGGCCCCAUCGUGGCUUCCUGACUCACCCCGCUGUCAGAUUUUGGGGGGGGGGGCGCUGGGAUUCCAUUCCAGUUCUGUUGUCGGUUAAGGCUUCUCUGGACCGGGACUCGCAUAUCCCAUAUCGGUGCGCACGUGCACGCGCACACACACACACACACACACACACACGCUCAACCCUGUGUAGGAAUGACACAGCUGGGCUCAUGGGAAGCAGGUGGGACUGAGAAUUUGUGGGUUCUUCCCAAGAGGAUUGAGGCUAAGACUCCGUUUCAUCACCACUGCCAGCGUGGCUUUAGUAGGGGAGGGGGGCUGCGACGCUGAGACCCACGGUCCUGCCCAGGGUCACGCGGGGGGGGGGGGGGCCACCAUCCACAUCUAGCAGGAGAGGAGGUCCACUCUUUGUUCAGAGGAAGCUCUGAACCCACGUGGGGUCAAUGAGACGGGCAAUGGCCUUCUCCCCACAGCCUUGCCCAUGCCGGAGGCCAGCUGUAUGACCACCCAGAGGCCGAGGUAGAAAACCAGGCUAAUGCCUGGGAUAUUCCAUGCCUGGAAUAAUCCAAAUCCUAUUUUACUUUUGGAUGGAAGUGUCAAAAAUUGGAGGUGAGGGGGAAUGAGGUUAGUGUUUCCGAAAGUGCGUUGGAUAAAAGGAUUCUUUUAGGCUGUAAAACUACAGGUGGGAGAGAACUGAA